AUGGAAUCGCGAGAGAAAGCAAGCCUUCAGCACCGGCUAUUAGAAAAACGAACAAGACGAACAGAGAAGAGGGCAGAGGCGAGCGAUAGAAGGGAUAUCGACUCUGGAUGGAUGAAGGAAAGCAGAGCUGGAAUUCGAGGAGAAAAGCAACACGGAUUGGCCCGAAGGUUUCACCACGGACUUUUAGGCCCAAACUCUGGGCUCGUUGUUGAGCUCGUCUUGUUCCAGCAGAAAAAACGAGCCAGAGAGAGGGCGAGAGCAAGCAGAGACGAAGAGGAUUCAGACCAGGAGGAAAAAGCAAUAUAG